CCUUCCGCAGGUCUCGGAGCUCCACCACCGCCGGGUGCGGCGGGGCAGGCGCGAUGCGGCAGCUGUGCCGGGGCCGCGUGCUGGGCAUCUCGGUGGCCAUCGCGCACGGGGUUUUCUCGGGCUCCCUCAACAUCCUGCUCAAGUUCCUCAUCAGCCGCUACCAGUUCACCUUCCUGACCCUGGUGCAGUGCCUGACCAGCUCCACCGCGGCGCUGAGCCUGGAGCUGCUGCGGCGCCUCGGGUUCAUCGCUGUGCCCCCGUUUGGCCUGAGCCUGGCUCGCUCCUUCGCGGGGGUCACCGUGCUCUCCACGCUGCAGUCCAGCCUCACGCUCUGGUCCCUGCGCGGCCUCAGCCUGCCUAUGUACGUGGUCUUCAAGCGCUGCCUGCCCCUGGUCACCAUGCUCAUCGGCGUCCUGGUGCUCAAGAACGGCGCGCCCUCGCCGGGGGUGCUCGCGGCCGUGCUCAUCACCACUUGCGGCGCGGCGCUGGCAGGAGCCGGCGACCUGACCGGCGACCCCAUCGGGUACGUGACGGGCGUGCUGGCGGUGCUGGUGCACGCCGCCUACCUGGUGCUCAUCCAGAAGGCGAGCGCCGACACGGAGCACGGGCCGCUCACCGCGCAGUACGUCAUCGCUGUCUCCGCCACCCCGCUGCUGGUCAUCUUCUCCUUCGCCAGCAGCGACUCUAUCCACGCCUGGACCUUCCCCGGCUGGAAGGACCCGGCCAUGGUGUGCAUCUUCGUGGCCUGCAUCCUGAUCGGCUGUGCCAUGAACUUCACUACGCUGCACUGCACCUACAUCAACUCAGCGGUGACCACCAGCUUCGUGGGGGUGGUGAAGAGCAUCGCCACCAUCACGGUGGGUAUGGUGGCCUUCAGCGAUGUGGAGCCCACCUCUCUAUUCAUUGCCGGAGUCGUGGUGAACACCCUGGGCUCCAUUAUUUACUGCGUGGCCAAAUUUUUGGAAACCAGAAAGCAAAGCAAUUACGAGGACUUGGAGACGCAGCCUGGGGGAGAGGAGGCUCAGCCAAGUGGAGACCAGCUGCCGUUCGGCUUGGAGGAGCUGCCCGCGGAGGGUGGAAGUGGCGGGUCGGAAGGUGGGACGGCAGCAGGUGGCUCCACUCAGCAGGGUGGGCAAGAGGCGAGGGGCGGCCCCAGAGGAGUCCCGCUGGUGGCCGGGAGCUCGCAGAUCUCACACAGUCCUGCAGAAGUGAGCAAGAGGUCAUUAAAGGAUACUUACCUGGAAGUGUGGAGGUUAGUUAGGGGAACCAAGUACAUGAAGAAGGAUUAUUUGAUAGAAAAUGAAGAGUUACCCAGUCCUUGAAAAGGAAAUGCAUAUAUGUAUAUAUGUACAUACACUUAUUUUCUAUGUUAGAGAUGACAUAUUUUAAUGAGGAGCCGCCCAAUAUUUUGCUUUGAGGAGUGGGGAAGGGAAGCAAAGAAAGAAGCUGAAACGCCUGACAGCAACAAAAUUAGCAACGGCGUGUGAAUAAUUUAACGCGAGUUUAGCCGAGCAUCACAGAGACAAAAGAAUGUGAAGGUGACUAACAAAUUAAGGCAGGGUUUCCGGCUGCAGACUCCUGGCAAAUUUUUUUCAUUAUGACCAUAACCACGUAUCUGCAUGUACCAAGAGUCCCUCAACCACCCCCUACAAAGAUGGAGUGUAGAAAUGAUGGCAGCGCUUAGUAAACUCAAAGAUUACAUGCAGGGGCACCUUUUUGAUGAUAGUUAGAUCUAUAGUUUUUAUGGCCAGCUGGGAAGAGUAUAUUAUUGAAAUGACAUUUUUAAAUACACUGAUGUUUACUGUUUAUAGUCAUCUAAAAUAUGUUUCCUCUAAUAUUUCCUCACUUUUAAAAAAUAUAUAA